GUGGGCGGCCGGGACUUCAGCGCGCCCCUCACCAUCUCGCGGGUCCAUGCUGGCAGCAAGGCCGCGCUGGCUGCUCUGUGUCCCGGAGACCUGAUCCAGGCCAUCAAUGGUGAGAGCACAGAACUCAUGACACACCUGGAGGCGCAGAACCGCAUCAAAGGCUGCCAUGAUCACCUCACGCUCUCUGUGAGCAGGCCCGAGAGCAGGAGCUGGCCCGGUGCCACUGAUGACAAGGCCCAGGCGUACCGGAUUCACAUCAACCCUGAGGUCCAGGAUGGCAGCCCCGUGAGCAGCAGGCGGCCCUCAGCCACCACCACUGGGCCCGAAGACAUGAGGCCAAGCCUGGGAUCCCCAUAUGGGCAGUCACCUCGUCUUCCAGGCCCUCAGAACGGCAGCAGUGAGGCCUCCCUGCCAGCCCAGAUAAGCGCCCUGCACGUGUCUCCACCUGCCAGCGCUGAUCCAGCCAGAAGCCUCCCACGCAACCGCGAUUGCAGAGUGGACCUGGGCUCGGAGGUAUACAGGAUGCUCAGGGAGCCUGGAGAGCCAGCGGCUGUGGAGCCCAAGCAGUCAGGCUCCUUCCGCUACUUGCAGGGCAUGCUAGAGGCGGGCGAGGGCGUUUCAGGAGAGCGGCCCGGGUCUGGCAGCCCUCGGAACCCCAAGCCGACAGCCAGCAAGCUGGGCACUCCACUGGGCGGCCUGCAGGGACUGCCGGAGUGCACGCGCUGUGGCCAUGGGAUCGUGGGCACGAUUGUCAAGGCCCGGGACAAGCUCUACCAUCCAGAGUGCUUCAUGUGCAGCGACUGUGGCCUGAACCUCAAGCAACGUGGCUACUUCUUCCUGGAUGAGCGGCUCUACUGCGAGAGCCAUGCCAAGGCUCGCGUCAAGCCGCCCGAGGGCUACGAUGUGGUGGCCGUGUACCCCAAUGCCAAGGUGGAACUGGUCUGAGCCCGACCGCCUGCCCCUGCCCUGUUCAUGCAAUGCCCGUGUGCCUGUAAAUACAUUUCCCGUUGCCUCUAAUAAAGCGCUUUGCUCA